AUGUCGACUCCGGCCGCAAACUUGGGAGACUUCCUUCGAGUAUUGAUGGCAGUGCAGGCUGUGCUCCUGACAGAGGAGGUGGCGACGGAGGUGGGUGAUGUGGACGAAGCAAGGGGAUCGACAAUGUCAGGAUGACAGCAUGUACUCGAAGGAAGCCCCCCAAGGCUAUGUGCGGGUAGAGUUGACUUGACCAGAGGCUUGCCUCGUUUCACAGCAUCGUCGGUGCGAUGGCGUAGUCGUGAGGCGCGCGGGCGCGCACUCGGUGGUAGCGGGUUCGAGGCGCCCAGACCGCAGUCUUCUUUCGGUUUGUUUUAUCUUUUGUUAGCCGAGGCGCGGCUUCAGGGUUUUUACCGGUGCUCCCGCGAGCAAUCCUUUUUACCCCUGAGGCGACCUCUUGGAGUGGUUGAUUUGGCUAAGUCCCCUCUGGGCCUGGCACCGUCCCUUCCCUUUAGUUUUACCACCUUUCCCCGGGAGCUUGGUCCGCUCUUCUCUUUUGUUGCCCCUCCUCUUCUUGUCGAUCGUUUGGGAAUUAAGUCCGUUACACUUGAUUUCCUGCGAGCCUUUCGACCGACUCCCCUCCUCGGUUGCUCCCUUGUCGACUGCCGCCGCAACAGCCGACACUUCCUGAAAUCCCCCCCCGUACCAACGCGUGUAGACGACGUCAUCCCCUCCGACGUCGCUUGUCACGAACCAACCGACGCCAAGCGAGUCAUCAUCAAAGGGAAGAGCCACGUCGUGGUGAAGGAUGGAAUAGAGGCGUGGAGGGUGACGAGGUCGAUGUCGGCGGCAGCGGCGAUGCAGGUCGAGGUGACGAAGGUGGACAGAGGGAAAGGAAGAGGGGUAGCUGAGGAAAAAUGA